AUGGCAAGCGACAGCGCGGAAAGUGUCAAACGACGCGACCGCGAUGCAUCUCCUGCCCCAGUGGCGCGGCGGGCUGCGAAGGAGCCUCAGAGCAGCGGAAACUCCGUCGCUGCCAAAGCUGCUCCGAAAAUGCAGCGGCAGCACUCAAUCUAUGCCCUGACGCCCGAUCAACGCUGGCUGCGGCCCAGCUUGGCGUUUCCACUGUACGCCGGCACCUUAGCCUCGACCAUGCUGGUGUGCCUGGUAUGGCAGCCUUCCUACAAGAUGCUACGCUUGCAAUACACCUUGGCCGCCUGGUAUUACUAUGCGCGAAAGGAAUGGAUCUUGUACUUUAUUGACCUUUGCUUUGUGAACAGCAUUCUUCUGAUUGUUAGCCUUUGGUGCUGCUCUGAAGGUGAAUGCUCUCAAGAGUGGUUGCUGGCCGUUUACCUGGUGGCCCAGGGCCCGGUGGCCGGCGCCAUCUUUCCACUGCAGACGCCCCUCACCUUGCACCAUCCCGAGGCCUUCGAAAGUUUCUUCCUCCAUGCGUCACCCAUGUGGAUUUCCUAUGCCGUGCGCUGGCGCUGGGGUGGCCUGGGAGAAAUGCCUACGGUGGGAAGUCUGAUGAUUUUAGGCUUCAGGCGGAUCUACUUACCUUGGAGCCUUUUGUAUUUGGUCUUUCUGCUGAGCCAGCCGAUCUUCCCUGAUAAGAUCGCUGGAUGCUUGGGAGAAAUGCCACAGAUCCUGAACGCUAAGUCAGUUUGUAUGUUAAGUAAGGUCUAUGGUGACAUAUAG